GUUAAGUUGUUCUUGAACGAGAAUUACCUUCGGGAGUUGCCGCCUGCAUUGUGCGACUGCACGAACCUCUCGACACUAAUCCUAUCCAAAAACGAACUCACCCGUCUUCCCGCGAAAAUCGGACGACUCACACGAUUACGCGAACUCAUUCUCCGGGGGAACAAUUUGACAUGCCUUCCGGCG